AUGUUUCAUCGUUAUUCGGUGUCUCUGCUACUAUUGGCACUCUUCUUCCAACUUUCCCUUACGGACGCAGGUCUUCGAAACAAACCACGUUACACCGAGGAAGAACGAAUGGCGGAAUAUGUGAGGCGGGGAUACAAAUUUCCUAUUGAACAUUUCAAUCCAAAUACGGAAGGAUGGAAUCGACUCAUGAAUCAGCGAGUCUCUCAACUCAUGUCAAACCCCGAAAUGCAAGAGCGCUGGGAUGGUUGGAUUCAGACUUUAUCGUCUGCCAUUACCGUUCCCAAUUACACCGAGUUUGGAUGGGGAUUGACCCAUGCGCCGGCACAAUUGACGGAAGACAUUACCCAGGCGAUUCAUGAGGGUUUGCCGACAGCGCGAACCGAAGGAAAGAUUGAUGUGAUUACUGGUCCAAACGUUCCGCUCUUUAUCGAUCGACCAGAUUUGACCAAUCGAGUUCAAAGGGAAUUACAGCCAAUUCUUGAAGCAUGGUCUGGCGUACCGCUCACUGCCUACACUGCUUAUGGAUUCCGACUUUAUCGAAAUGAAUCGCGACUGUGGAUGCACGUCGACAAGACUCGAACCCAUGUCAUUUCUUGUAUCUAUCACAUUGCCAGUUCGGAGAAUGCCGAGCCUUGGCCCGUUGUAAUUGAAGAUUACCAUGGCAACACUAACAGUGUGGUACUCAAACCUGGAGAUAUCUUGUUGUACGAGUCCGCAAAGAACUUUCACGGUAGACCCACAAAGUUCAUUGGAGAUUGGUACACCUCGGUCUUUGUUCACUUUUAUCCUACCGAAGGCUGGUUGGUCAAGGAUCGAGACAUUGAAAGUCACUACGCCAUUCCACCACAAUGGAGGGAACAAGUUGACAGCCCAUUUCCCGACUUGAGAUGGGUCGGAACUUCGGCGACGGAACCGGAUUGUCCCGACUCUUGGUGUCACUUGAUCAAUGCCAAGGAAUGGGAAGGUCCAGGGGAAUACGGUAUGGUCAUGACCGGGGGAGGCAAGAAGUAUUCAUUGGGCUUGAGCGAUGGUCCACCAACGGAAGCAACCGAUGAUGACAAUCUGUAA